CCUAUACCUCAAUUACAAUAACAAUGGACAAGAUCAAGGAGAAAAUCAAUGCCAUCCGCGCCGAAGCCGACGCUGCAAACGCCCGCGCCGACGAAGCCACUUCCAAAGCCAAAUCCCUCGAACUCGAAUCCCUUCAAAAAGACCAAGAAAUCCAAUCCCUCCAACACAAACUCCAACUCCUCGAAUCCGAAGUCGAGAAGCUUGAGGGUGUCGUCGCGGACCACAAGGCGAACGCGGAUGAUGAGAGUGGGCAGCGGACGCUCGUGGAGGGGUUGCAGAGGAAGGUGCAGUUGCUUGAGGAGGAGUUGGAGGGAAAUGAUAAGAGCUUGAGGGAGACGACGGAGAAGCUUCGUCAGGUCGAUGUCAAGGCCGAGCACUUUGAGCGUAAAGUCUCCACUCUUGAGGCCGAGCGCGACGCCCUCGAGAAGAAGUACGAGGAGAUGGUCGAGAAGUACACCGCCGCCAAGAACGAGUUGGAUGAGGUCAACAAGCAGUUGGAAGAUCUCUGA